ACCCACUCGGGCGGCAGCAGCAGAGAAGGCCCAUUUAAGGAGACCGUGACCCUGAAGUGGUGCACACCCAGGACCAACAGCAUUGAAUUACACUAUUGCACUGGAGCAUAUCGCAUCUCACCCGUAGAUGUAAACAGUAGACCUUCUUCCUGCCUCACGAAUUUCCUCCUCAAUGGUCGAUCUGUGUUGUUGGAACAGCCACGAAAGUCAGGUUCCAAAGUCAUCAGUCACAUGCUUAGCAGCCAUGGAGGGGAGAUCUUUUUGCAUGUCCUUAGCAGCUCUCGAUCCAUUCUAGAAGAUCCGCCUUCCAUUAGUGAAGGCUGUGGAGGAAGAGUUACAGACUACCGGAUUACAGAUUUUGGUGAAUUUAUGAGGGAAAACAGGUUAACUCCUUUUCUAGACCCCAGAUAUAAAAUGGAUGCGAGUCUAGAGAUCCCGCUGGAACGUGCAAAGGACCAGUUAGAAAAGCACACCCGUUACUGGCCCAUGAUUAUCUCACAAACCACCAUUUUCAACAUGCAAGCGGUCGUUCCAUUAGCCAGUGUUAUUGUGAAAGAGUCUUUGACAGAAGAAGACGUGUUAAACUGUCAGAAAACUGUAUACAACUUGGUCGACAUGGAAAGGAAAAAUGACCCUCUUCCUACUUCUACAGUGGGCGCCAGAGGGAAGGGCCCCAAAAGGUAGUGCAUGUGUGCUCUG